ACCCCUUUUGAUGGCAGUGGGCAGACCCUCUCUGUCCUGGGUAGUGCCAAGAUCUGCCCCACUCAUCCCAGACUGGUGUUUAGCUUUAUCUGAAAGGAAAGCAAGAGCUGCUUUUGCUUUUGAUGCCUUUACUACGGGACGUCUGUGAACAACCUGAUUGUAAAUAGGGACAGAUUCUGCAUCCCACAUGAGCUACGAUAAUCCUCCACCUUACCCCGGCCCGGGCCCGACUGCCCCGUACCCACCCUAUGCACAGCAGCCGGGGGCCCCUCCCGGCCCGUACCCCGGCUAUCCCCCCGGACCCACCGGGCCCUACCAGCCGGGCCAGCCAGGCUACCAGGGAUACCCCCAGUAUGGAUGGCAGAAUGCACCUCCACCUCCAGGACCGGUGUACGGAGAUGGGCCGAAAAACACAGUGUAUGUCGUGGAGGAGCGGCGGAGGGACGACACGGGCGAGAGCGCCUGCCUGACGGCGUGCUGGACCGCGCUCUGCUGCUGCUGCCUCUGGGACAUGCUGACCUGACACCGCCCCGCCGCUCACCGAGUGCUAUGCAGGCUCCCCAYUCCUGUCCCGACUUCUUUCUGUUACUGUAAUCAACGCUCUGCUUUGCACAGCCAAGAGUUCCCGUCUGUCCGUCCUAGCGCCUUGUCGGGGUGGGGGGUGCACUCCUUUAUUUUAGGAAAGGAAAAAAAAAAUCCCUUUUUAACAUUUCUAAGACUUUUGUUGUAAUUUUGAAGAAUGUGCUAAUGGUGUAUUUCAGCCAAAGGCAUUCUGAUGAAAUGUAUAUUUACCAGUUGAGAUUUUCCUAGCCCUAGAGAUGAAGACRUACGCAAUAAUUAAAGCCAACAGUUGAUUUUC